AUGGCGUUUAGACUCUUCGCAACCCCGAGGAGGUACCUUUCCGCUAAAUUCGUCAAACCAUCAUGGAUACGAUACGGCGCUGCCAAACACGGUGAUUUCACUCAGAGAGAGCCUCAGCUCGGCAACCAAUAUCUUGAGGAUGGACCGCUUCUGCGAGCUCUCCGAAGGAGUGUCCCUCGUGAAGUUUUGAGUGAAAUUGAGCCAGACCUGACCCUAUUCGGGGAGAGGGUUCCUGUCGAGAUUGAAGCAUUGGGUCGUGAAUGCGAGAAGUUCCCUCCGAAACUCACCCAUCAGAACGCUUGGGGUGAGCGCAUUCAGGAGCUUUGGACCUGCGAAGCUUGGAAGGAACAGAGAAUCAUCGCUGCCGAGGAAGGUUUGGUCGCAACAGCCUACGAGCGGAAGCAUGGCGAGUGGUCUCGCCUUCAUCAACUGGUCAAACUGUACUUGUACGCCCCAUCCGCUGGACUCUACACAUGUCCCCUGGCAAUGACCGACGGAGCAUCGUCAACAAUCGAAGCUCUGAAACUUGCCGAGAACUUCCCACAAAUGAAGCACGCCUUCGAGCGUUUGACGUCAAGACACCCCGACAAGUUCUGGACUUCAGGACAGUGGAUGACGGAACGUCGCGGAGGUUCGGACGUGGCGAACGGGACGGAUACCAUUGCGGUACGAGAUCCUUCCUUGCCCGAAAAACAUUACCGAUUGUACGGAUACAAAUGGUUCAGUUCGGCGACCGAUGCAGACAUGUCUCUGACGUUGGCCCGCGUGGCGACGGCCGACGGAAAGGUCGAUGAAGGCAACAAAGGUCUUAGCCUCUUUUUCCUUAAAGUUCGAGACGAGAACGACCGGCUCAACAACAUUCACAUGGUCCGAUUGAAGGAAAAGUUGGGCACCCGUCAAUUGCCCACGGCCGAACUCCUCCUCGACGGAGUGGAGGCGAUCCAGCUCACGGAACCGGGACGAGGAAUUUCGGGAAUCUCGAAUAUGUUGAACAUCACUCGCGUUUAUAAUUCUGUCUGUUCCGUUGCGCCGAUGCGUCGACUGCUGAAUUUGGCGAGAGAUUACGCCGAAAAUCGAGAGGUUUUCGGAGCGAGGAUCAUGGAUCAUCCUCUGCAUGUUCACACUCUUUCCGAAAUGGAGGUCGAGCACAGAGGUUGCGUUCUGCUUAUGGUCCGCGCGGGCGAAUGGCUCGGGAAGCGGGAAUGCGGAACCGCUACCGAUGAGGAACAGCUGCUGCUGAGACUACUCAUACCCGUGAUGAAGUUGUACACAGCGAAACAAGGUGUUUCUGUGAGCUCGGAGCUCCUCGAAGCUUUCGGUGGACAAGGAUACAUGGAAGAUUCGGGACUCCCCUGUUUCCUCAGGGACGCACAAGUUCUACCGAUAUGGGAGGGGACUACGAAUAUCCUGUCGCUGGACGUUCUCCGAGCACUGCACAAGAGUCAAGGAGAGGCCUUGCGAGCCUUCGCUCACAGUGUUGCAGAGAGUCUCAGCGGGGCGGAGCUCCAUUCGGACGAGAACUUGAGGAAGAGUGCUCUGACUGUUCAGAAAGCGGUCGAGGACAUAGUUGAUUUCGCGACAAACAACCAGGAUAUUAUUCAGCUCGCGGCACGUGACCUCGCCUACUCGAUCGCCCGCACGUACAUCGGAGGACUUCUCGUGCAACAAGCUUGCUCUCGAGAAACUCUCCCUCAUCAGGUGUGGGCUGCGUCCCGUUGGUGCCUCGGCCGAGAUCUCUGCCCGGUGCGGACGUCUCAAGAAAACGGCUUCUAUUCGAUCGAAAGCUAUCAGAGCUCUCAGAAGAUGUUGCAACCUGCAGUUAAUACUUGAGGAAACUUUCCGGCCGCUCUCGGACUGCUUUUCGGAGAGGACACGUGGGUGAGGUGUCCGAGCGAUUCGCGAGCCCCAGAUUCGGACUCCCAACACUUCGUUGAGAAGAUUGACGAUGCGUAUGAAGAUGAACUCCAGUCUUUUUCGCGAAGGAUUAGGCGCUUUUACCAGAUCAAUAUGUGCUGUCAGUCACCCCUGGUCAGAACACGAGGCGGUAGGCUUCCAAGAACUCCGACGUCAGAGUAGUGAACAACUCGCCGGGUAUUU